AUGAUUAGUGAAUUAAGGAUAUCGGUGUUGUUAAUGCUUCUAUUAUCAGAAGCGUCUUCUUUACCUUACGACAUUCAUUGGUUAGGCGGACCGACCACAAUUGAAAGGGAAAUACCAUCUUCGAAAAAGGCUAUCGACAUCUACUGUUAUACUGGUACAACAAAAAGUUUAUUUGCACUCUGGCAAACUGUGAAAUUUCAAAUAAGAAUUAAAAAUGAUGAAUUUCGUCAAUACCUUGGCUCAAAUCCAGAAGAUGUUUAUAAAGAGUAUACAAAAGAUAGCUACGGUUGGUCUGUUGUUAAUCCGUUCAUUAAGAAAUCACAGAAAACUGUUUCCAUCAACUUGUUUGAGCCAACAUGCAUGGCCAUUAACACUAAAGAAAGACAUAGUAUUGACCUGCUGGUGCAAAGGGUGGAUCUAUGGCGCGUCAUACUAAUGGCUGCUGGCAUAGCACUCAUCUUCUCUUCAAAGUCUCUGAGCGGUAACCCCGUGUUCUUCUACUUGUGUGGGAUCUUCAUUGGCGUCUUUGCAUCAUUUAUGGUUUUAAUGUAUUACAUCAGCAAAAUGCUGCCUAAGCGCACAUUAACUUAUGGCCUCCUCAUUGGUGGCUGGACUGUUGGAGUGUAUCUAUUCCAACAAAUGUGGGAGAACAUUCAAACAUUAGCUGUGGAUCACCGGAAUUAUGUGAUCUGGUACACGUUGGCAGUCAGCUUCAUCAGUUUCUUAGUUUGCUACAGGAUAGGUCCACCGAGGAAUCAACGAAGCAAGAACAUUGUAAUGUGGACAAUACAGUGCGUCGGAGUGCUGAUGAUAUUCUUUAGCAGCGAGUACCAGGAAGCUUCAGCGGCCAUCAUCAUAGCUUCGAUGAUCAUUAAGUAUUUCCCGGAGUCGUGGGUAUACAGAAUACGAGGAUAUUGGCGCAGCAGGUUCCCCCCGGCGCGGCGGCUGCUAACCAGCGAGGAGUACUACGAGCAGGGAGCGCGCGAGACGCGGCGCGCGCUGGCGGCGCUGCGGGAGCACUGCGCCAGUCCCGACUGCGCGCAGUGGGCCGUCAUGCUCAAACUUAACGACUCCAAGAGAUUCGCAAGUUUCGUGGAGGGGAAUUCGCACCUCAGCGACGACGAGAUCCUGGACUACGAGUCCUACGCGUUCUCCCUGGACCGGAGCCGCAAGCCCAGCUCGCACUCCACCAGGAACCAGCUCGAGAUAUCUGACGACGACGACCUCACCGACAGCGACGACGACUCCGCGUAGGCCGAGCCGAGCCAGCAGGGGGCCGACACACACAUCUACCUGGUCUGAAGCAGUCGCCGGGGCACGCAGGCGUCAAGGCUGCCAUCGAUUUUGAGAAGUACACAGACGAGCUUGCGACCUGGGCUACACAAGUGCGGGUCCAGCUAUCCUACCCUUUAACACAGAACCCACCCCGGAGACGGCAGGACUGGGACAGGAUACUGGUGUACGGGCGCACCCGGGGGCGAGGCCGCCUUGUCACUCUUCGGAUUCUAGCCAGUUCGGACUGUUAUUACAUGAGAUCCUCUAUUGAUGAACUUUCAAAUCUAAUUAUUAGUUUUUGUAAAUACCGCAAAAAGUUCCAGGAGUCACCUCUCCCAAUGUUCUGUUUAAAUGUUAAUUAUACACAUUGAUGUGCAGAACCACCAGUCUGCACCCCGCUAUAGUAUCGAGCGGGCUCAGUUUGCGCUACAUUGCUGUGUCGGCUAUUUCCCUAAGCAUAUGCGGCAAGAACUUGUGCAGCAUUGGAAGCUUUAGUUUUGUCGCCAUUAUAUAAUCAACGUGAAUCUGUACACGGCUGCCCACACAUAACAAUACGUGUAUCAUCGUAUGUUAAUGUCUGUGCAGGCAUCGGAGUCCAUGGACUACAUUGUGGACGGCGCCACUGAAUUAGACGAUUUCAGUUCUAAGUAUAAUAUUAACUACUAUGAACACUAAUUAAUGUUAUUAUAUUGAACUCACCAUAAUUGUUUCGAAAGACUAGUGUCAAAAAAUAUCAAUUGUACGAACAAAUUA